CGAGAGCAUGAAUACUUUACUUGACGACAACAAGAAGCUGUGCUUGAUGAGCGGUGAGAUCAUUCAGAUGUCUGAAACAAUGAAUAUGAUGUUUGAGGUUCAAGAUCUAGCAGCCGCAUCACCAGCUACAGUUAGUCGCUGUGGCAUGGUACACGUGGAGCCUUCCAUGAUUGGAUGGCUACCUUUGAAAACGUCAUGGGUGGAAACUCUACCUGGAUCCUUGCAUGGGAAUGGGCCAGCGAUGUCAAUGAUUGAGUCCAUGUUCACCUGGAUGAUUGAUCCGUGCAUGAGGUUUAUACGCCGUGAGUGCAAGGAGACCAUCCCCACAUCUGAUAUUAACCUACCGCAGAGCUUAAUGAAUGUGUAUGAGAGCUUGCUAGAUGACUUCAAGCUGGUGGAUAUGGCAGCGGCCGCUGCAAUGCCGACUAUGGUAGGCAAUGGUGGAGCCAGAGGAAGCCAUGGGGGAAGAGCAGAAGGUGAUCAACUUCACCAGGAAACGAGCACUACUCAGAGGAACUCUUCCCCCCCAGUGAUUGGUACAGGCAAACCUCAGAAGCAGGCCACUUCUAAUGGCCAACAAUCAUUUUCCAUACCAACAGGCAAGGAGUUGGAUGCCUACAUCCAGUGCAUGUUUGCCUUCGCACUUGUGUGGACGAUUGGGGGAACAAUAGACCUCGAAGGGAGACUUCUGUUUGACCAGUUCUUUCGCAGCCUCCUUGCCCAUGAGGAAAACCUUGGUUUCAACCUGGGCCCUGGCAUUGACUUACAAGUGCCCAAUUGGAAAUUCACAUUGCCAUUUCCAGAGGAUGGUUCUGUCUAUGACUACUUUUUUGAUAAGGAAGCGAUUGAUUGGAGACCUUGGUUCAGGAUACUUAACAAUGCAUCGCCAAACACAGAGGCCGCUUUUCACGAGAUUCUUGUUCCGACAACUGACACAGCAAGGUAUUCUUUUCUUUUGGAUGUAAUGAUCACGCAUGGGAAACACAUCCUGUUUGGGGGCUCAACAGGAACAGGGAAGACACUGUACAUCAAGAAUAAGCUCAGUGCAGGCCUGGAUCGGUCAUUGUAUACAAACGUUUGCUCCACAUUUUCUGCUCAGACUGAUGCUAACCAAAUACAAGACAUUAUUGACAGCAAGAUGGACAAAAGGAAGAAAGGUGUGUAUGGGCCACCUUUUGGGACAUGCUGUGUUAUCUUCAUCGAUGAUGUGAACAUGCCAGCACCUGAUGCGUAUGGUUCACAGCCCCCUGUGGAACUUCUUAGGCAGUGGAUGGAUCACGGUGGGUGGUAUGACCGUGAAGAAAACGCUUUUCGUCAUCUUGUUGACAUACAGUUUGUGGCUGCCAUGGCGCCCCCUGGAGGAGGCCGUAAUUCUAUCACUGCUAGGUACCUGCAUCACUUUCACUUGAUUUCCAUUUCUGACUUUGAUGACAAGAACCUGUCGGCUAUCUUUGAGACAGUGAUGGACUGGUGGUGUCAACGUUCCAGGCUUAUACAUGAGGUGAGAUCCAUGUUCCAGGCUUAGACAUGAGGAGAGAUCAAUGUGGAUAUGCUCACUUUUCUCUUACCAAAAUGAUCUUCAUUCAUUGAGGCGAUGGAAAUUCAACUA